AUGGCACAGAAUAAGCCCUCAAAGAGAAAGCGAAAUGCGAAGGCGCAGCAAGCACAAAAGAUGGCCAAAGUAGAGGCUUCUGUGCCAGCUUCCUCCGUCGACGACUUUGAGCCGAAAAGUCUGCACACUGUCAUUUCAGAGGAAGAGCUGGACAUUGCGACAGAUACUCUCGCGACGCUCGCCAAGUAUCCCAACUUGACCAAAUCGAAGCUCUGCAGAGAUCUUCGUGUUGCCGUUUACGACUUCCGCCAGUCUUGCACCACGGGUGUCAACUCAGCCGAGGGCGCCAAUCUCACGGCCAGAGUCACCGCGGCGCUCAGCGACCAGAAAUACCUCGAGGCGAAAAUCCUUCUCGCCGAGAUGCGGCUGCGCAAGGAAGAGCCCAAGCUCGGUGCGCUUUGCCGCUGGGUGCGCGACCUCGACGUGGUGUCCCAACCAAACGGCGUCAGUCUCGACAGCCCCGAGCGAUCCGAACAAGAAAAGAUCCUGCUCACCGUGUUGGACGCCGUGAUGCGAGUCAGCUGCGCGGUCGAUAUGAAGGCGCCGCUGCCGUCCGACCCCAGCGCGCACAUUUCUUUCCAGCCGAAUUGGGACUUGCGCGCAUCCAGCACGCCUGAUCCGGUGUACGCGUCCGUUCUCGACAAGUCCAUCUUUUCCGAAAAUCAAGAUACCAUCACGUCGUCGCUGCGAAUUUUAGAAACGGUUCCCGGCCACCUGCGGAAACCACCGAAUCAUCAUCCAGCGAUUCUAUACACAACACAGCUCGAUACGAUACCGCUCUCCCCCGACCACUCGUCCAUAACACAUCACAAGCACCCGAAUGUGCCAAAUCUAAGCCUUCUCAAAGACGUCCUCACCCCUGACGAAUGCAAGGCAAUAAUUGCGGCUGGCGAAGCCGUCGAGUUCUUGCCAGACGAGCCGGUGCGGGAUCGAGGCGACACGUCCAUUCUGGCGCACAACUUUUACUGGAUCAUCGACACGGCUUUCCACGACAAGCUCUGGGCCCGCGUAUCUCCAUUUAUUCCUCAGGUCAUCGAUGGAAAACAGUCAAGGGGCCUCAAUCGCCGUUUCCGAGUAUACCGAUACGUCCCCGGGGCCGAAUACCGAAGUCAUAUCGAUGGUGCCUGGCCACCAUCCGGCAUCAGUGCUGAUGACCGAUACAUCUAUGACAAUUCGCCGACCGGAAGAAAGCAGAGCUCGCUCUUCACGUUCUUGCUGUACCUUAAUGACGAGUUCGAGGGGGGCGAAACCAUGUUCUUCCUGCCCUCUCCGCACGAAGGAACGCUCAAUGCGUAUCCUGUUCGGCCGGUGAUGGGAGGUGUCGCGCUGUUCCCGCACGGCGAGACCAAGGGAGCACUGCUCCACGAAGGCACCAGCGUCACAAAGGGUGCUAAAUACAUUAUUAGGACAGAUGUCGAGUACGAUGUUGAGCCUUCUGUGCAGUAA